AUGUCCGUCGGCGCCUUCCUCGUGCUCCUCUUCGUCUCCUCCUCCGUCGCCGCCUUCGACGUCGCCUCGCACACCCUUGAUCCGGCGAUUCCGACCGUCGCGUGAGUUCGAUCCGUGCUAGAGCCCCACCUCCGAUCCUUGUGCCCUUUCAGACCGCACACCACCGAUGCGUCGGCGGAUUCGUGCGCCGGACAGUGCGCCUUUCAGUUCAUGGACAAUAUUCGCUCGCAGAUCGGACAGGAUCGCGCCUCUUCUCUGAUGCAGCUCAAUUUCAACGAUUUUCUCACCUCCUUCUCGAACACCACGUUCUUUGAGAAGUUUUGCACGUGAGUCUGGCGAAGCCGACAAAACAUUUUUGCAAUAUUUGAAUUCCGAAAAGGCGCGAAAAUCACGUGAAAACAUCGCGUUUUUCGCUUUUUUCUUGCAAAAUUUUCAAACUUUCCAGAAUCUACCACAAUUUCAACCAUUGCGCCUCGAAGUGCACUCCCGGCUUCUUGCACCAACUGCUCAUGCGCAGUUCCGAGAUCAUCGACCACUAUUGCGUGUACAAUUACGACGCGAUCCGCGCCAAAUUUCCGUGUCUAUCGAAGAUGCGUCCGAACAAGGAGUGCGUGAAGACGUGCACUCCGCACCACGACGCCGUCUCCUCGAUGACCGAGCACUUCAAGAACCUCGUGCUCAGCGGCGACACCACUCGCGCCGAGCAGUUUUUGGCGCAGGGCUGCGAGUACAUCACGUGCACACUGCACUGCGACGUCCCGACGAUCGCGCACGAAUGCGACUUCGAGACUGCCCAGCUGGUGAUUGAUCUGACCCGAAAGUCGUUCGCGUCGAUGGAAAAGAUGGCGUUGGACACGAACGCAGUGGCCAAAUGGCCGCAAGUUUGCGCCGAUGUGAAGACGUACCGCAUGCCGAUGCCGUCCUCUCCGCCACAGAGCAAUGACGUUGUGGCGCAGAGUGCCGAUGCCGAGCCGAUCUCUCAUCCGAAACUUGUCCAGGCGCCGCUCGUCCAGGCCUCUUCGCUCGUUUCGAUCCUUGUCGCCACGCUUCUGCCAAUCUUCUUGCUCUUCUAA